UAGUUCGUGGUUAUGUUUUUAAUAAUCGUUCCACCAAUUUUCGUAUGUAGACAUUGUGCCUAUGAGUAAUUGGAAUCAUUUCUAGGCCCCGACGGUGGCCGCUACGAAUUUCCAAGGUCCCGCGCACUAGGAGAGCUCUCGUGGACGGCGAGACACCCGGAGCCGCAAGGACUCGUCGACGUUAAGAUGUGCAGGGUGCAUUUUUAACCUGGCAAAGAAUCCGUGAAAUAUGUCAGAGCGAGGAAUAGAUCCGGUGGAAAUUGUCCACCAGCUGCACGGCUCGGACGGAGUGCCUGCUAUCGAUACCGACGACAUUAUUGACGUAACAUCGAUUGAUUUCGACGACGACGAGAGAUGGUUAUAUGUUUCAUCUCAGUGUUCUCCGGAGUCCACUGUUCACGACUUGCGUACAUGGCUUAGAAGUGAUCCAGAAAUGACAUCAGACAAUGAAACUAGUGCUAAAAGAUCGAUAGAUACAAGAACUUUCACAAGACCGAAGAAACGGAGCAAUAGAAUGAGUUUUGAGUCAAUUAUGGAAGCGUUAUCUCCACCUGUACAAAACACAUGGAAGACUGAAGGAUUAAAUCUAUUAAAGAAUCAGGAAAAUAUUAGCGAAGAACCUAGUAGUAUGGAAGAAAAAAAGGAAUCAGUCCCAUUAAUGUUGAGGCCGAUAUCCACAGUACUCUCUGGCUUGUUGUCUAAUAACAGUUUCAGUAUGACGGGUCAAGAAAGCAUGGAUGCUUUCCUGAAUAUGUCGCAGUCGAAAGGGAUCGACUCCUUCAUCAAUCUUACAGAGCCAGAGUUGCACGAGUCUUUGAUGAGCCUGUCGCAGCCUUCGGAAUUGAAUUCCUCGAUCCUGUCAAUAACGAGGAACGAGUCACCUUAUAAUCUGUUUCAGAACCACAUGGAGGACUCUCAGAUCUUAACUGAUUCAAUGAUGCGAACUAGCAUGUUCAAUGAAUCCGCAGACUUGAAAAAUUUUGAUGAGACAUUCUUAAAGGACAACUCAAAAGAUGUCACGUUGGUCGAUCAAAGUUACAAUUGCAAUCCUGGCGAGAAGACAUUUAUCAGUAAACCGCAGUUUGAUAAAGUGGAAGACUUGAAUGAUACCAUUGGAAAUUACGGGCCUAAAUCGUUACCAACAUUGCCAAGACGUUCCUUAGCACUGGAUCUCAAAAAGGAAGCCAUGAACCAAACCUUCACGGCUUCCUCGCUUCUAAAAAACUCGGACGUCAAUUCUACUCUAGUGAAUUCACAACAUAAAGAAGAAGACGAGGAGUCAGAAGAUGCACACAGUAGAACGUAUCGGGCAGAUAAUUCUAAGACGAAUGCUAUGAAUACGACCAUUCAUAUUGAAUCGAACUAUCAAGAGGAGGAGUAUCAAAAGUCAAGGAACAAUGACAUAGAUACAGACAAAGUGAUUCAAGGACAGACAUUCAGGGUUCACGAUGACUCGAUUAAUUCCAGCUUCAAACAGCCCUCCUCCCUGCGUAGAGAAUUGCUCGAAGAGAUUCAGCGAAGUAACUUAAAGAAACUAAAUUCUAGUUACGACAACAUCGCUGAUAAGCAGAUUGCCCGACGAAGUGUAAAUCUGGACACAACCUACAAUCACGCAGUUAACGCUCCAGUUGAUCGAUAUAAUACUUAUCGAAAAGAACCAACCAGAGCUCAAGUCAGAGACCUGAACGUAAACUGUGAGAUAUUACCCCGAUGUAAUAACGAUUUGAACGAGCACAGAUUCAGUACGUUUACAAAGAGAGUUAAUAACAUUGGUGCAAAGGGUGACACGCAGAGUAAAGAGUCUCUUCAAAAUCUGGAUGCGACAUUUUCAAAGCCUCUGCCGAACCUUCCAAGGAAGCUGCGCCAGCCUCGAGUCUUAUCGAAAUUGCCACAAUACUUGCAGAAAUCUAAUCCCAAUCUCGUGUCAAGUUCCUUAAAAUCAGUCAAUAUGAUCGACCAUAUGACCAUGCCUAACUUGAGGUACAUCAAAGGCUCUCAACCGAACAUUGCCAGGUCCGUUGAAGUACCCCUGACGAAUAAGCUGUAUACUUUGGGAAAGCUUAAAAGUGGAUCGGAACAAAGGCUUCCAGAGGUGGCCAAAAGCACGGCAGAUUUGAAAGUCGCUGGUGCAUCGGGCUCAACCGAGAGCAUUGAGAGUACGCAGAGUGCUCACAGUGCUCCGGACUUGGAUGACAGGUUGAGUAUAUGCUCGGACAGCAGUCACAGCUCAUAUAACAUGAACACGAUGAAUAUAGAUAGAUUGCACCAGAUUGCGAGAAUGCAAGAGGAAAGCUUGAAGCAAGAAUCAACACCAAAGCCUCAUAGAAAGGUACUCGAGAACACUUGGAUCGAUACCAGUAAGGACUUGCCGUCUCCUAUUUUGAAAAAUGGUUUGAGACAUAACGAGAGCAACAGUACUUCUCCACGAAGUGUCAAUUCUGCUGUCAAGACUAGCUCUCCGAUACUAAGUCCUGAAGGAUCGUCCCAAUCUAUAGAUACAAUUGGUAACCAUUUAAACGAAGGAAUGUGCAUAAUAGCGGAAGGUCACCAUGCAGCUACUAAGAAGACAGAAACGUUUGUCAAGCCUGUAAAAUGUGUGGAACCAGAGAAUAAGCCAAAGUUAAGACAACCAACUAACUGGAGCUCGUCGAAUAGGCUGUCGAGCAUAGGAAGUGGCAUACCGAGACCAGCUUCUCGAAUACCAGCCCCAAGAUUUUCUCGACUCAAUGUUAAAAGUAAUCAAGGUGACGCGAAAAAGGGAUAUUUGUAAAAUUAUUGCAAUAGAUUUGCAGGAUAGAUGUCUGUACAUAAUUCCGAUACGAACCGAAGACAGGUCAAGCCCUGGAGCGAAUCGAAAGAUUUACUUUGAAACCGAAUCUAAGUAAAUGUACGACUAUCAGACAUAUCGAACUCUUUAUGGAAAAAGUCAUUGGGCAGUAUUAAAAAUCUUCCACUAUGGUAGGAAAACCAAUUGGGACUUCAAUGAUUUAACAUUCGGUUUGAAAUGAAUUUUUAGCAUUGUUAAAUUACAAAGGAUCCGUUUCCUGGCAUGUGCCUUACGAGGACAUGUUGCCAGUACAUAUAGAGUCCUCAAAUUGUAUAAUACAAGAGUAUUAUGCGUGUUACUUGUCAAUGUUAAAAUCCCUUGCUAUUCCGACGGGAACUGUCGGAACAUUGUGAACAUUCUUUUUUAUACAAAUUUUCGUGUCACAUACGUUUAGUGGCAUCAUUACUCAACGGUUUCAAAGGAUCGCAGAGUUGUACAGAGUAGACCAUUCUCAAUCCCGAUUGUUGCCAAAAGCAUAAAUGCAUAAUUGUAUAUUAAUGCGUACGAGUGAAUGAAUUCCCUUCAUGGGAAAGUCGAUUUCCCUUGAGAGGUCCAUUUUUAACCUUUAACUACAGACACGUGUUCUCAGACCCGAGCACAUACUCCACACUUUUAAUUCAUACCUCUCCAUACACUUUAUUAAUUUUAUUAUUUUACUAGAAAGCUCAAAAUUCUUUAUAAAGAUUUAUUUUAACACAAUUUGAAUAUUUGCACUUUAUAGUGAAAAUAAUUGAGGCGACUCUGAGACCAUGUGCGAUUCUAACCUAACCUAUCUGUUGUUAAGGGUUAAGAAGGACUCGGUCAUCGAGUGGUACGAUAUUAUAACAGUCAUAACUGGACCGUGUAAUUUCUGUAUAGAACACUGUAUAUUCAGAGGUCGCAAAAGACUGGCAGGGAAGGGUUUUCGAAUCCUACCGCGAAAUUCUAUAUUUUUGCAAAGGACAUCGUUGACCUACUCGUCCGUCCUGGUCACACUGCGAGUCCCAAUACAUUGUCGAUGCACGUCGCGCGGAAUUUGUUACUAUAUCUUAUACCGAUUGUAUCUAAUUGUACCAUAGGUCCAUCGAUACAAAGAAAAAAAAACCCCUAAACGGUUUUCUAGGCUCUCUUUUCGCGGAAAUGCGAUUCUUACGUUUCAAAUAGUUUGAGGAAAUCUCUUUGCGGCCUAACGCGUCACGGCAUUGUUAAAUCUCAAUUAAAUUAUAAGUUAAAUUAAUCACUUUGCACUUUUAUAACGAUCUGAAGGAACUUUUUUAACGGGGACGACCUACGAAGUCCCGCGAGUUAACGUAAGAAAGCGUGUAAAAAGCCCUGCCUCUAUAUCGAGGUGGAUUAAUUCUAAACUGCUGUCAUCAUACAUGUAUCUUCGACUUUAUAUAAGGACGUUUCGGAUGUCUACCGCGAAUCGCAUUAUAUAGCUCGUAUUUCCUGGAAGAAAUAAAUUAACGUUUGGUUAAUGCGUCCCGAACGAUGUUCUUGUCUCUCGUAAUUGUUAUGGUACGGUGUACGGAAUUAAUGCACUCGUUUUCCGUGUAUUUUAACAUACUGUGAAAUAUCUUUACGAAAUUGUUAAGAGAAAGGAUUUUUAUUAAAAUCUAGCUCGUAUAAUUGCGGCACUAGAUUGGAAUCUUCCACAGAGCGAGACUGUAUGUACUCUUUUUGUGAAAAAAGUGUACGCCAGUCUAUGUACUGAUUGACAAUUCUUGUUCAAUAUUGUUUAAAUACGCGAUGAACGGUGGCUUUCUUGCCAGUGAAAACGGACAACUGCGGACUACUGUUAUAAUGAAGUUCAUACUUUUGUCGAUGCAAUUAUCAACCAAAUUCCUUUUUUACAUGAUAAUUUGUAACGAUUUACAACACUAGUGGGCGUUAAUUAUCACGUUAGUGAUAAGUUAAGUGGUUGGUUGAUUGCAAUUGCGUGUGCCUCUAAUAUCUACAAGUAGCGAAUGAAUAUGUUAUAAUAAUUGCAGCGGCCCACCAAUACUUCGGUUAUUUAUGUUGGCUAGGAAGUGAAAGCUUUUGUGAUUAGCAGUUAAUUGAUUAGUAGUUGUUAACUCUCUGGCCUGUUAGAGAUACAUCGAUAACUCUCCGACAUGCAGAGAUGGUCAGACGUAAGACUUCGGUGGAAUUGUCUCUUGACACGUAAUCUUUUUUACAUCUUCCUAUAUUAUUAAAUAAUGUAAACGGCUGUGUUAUCGAUAUAAUCAAUCGUCACUUAACUGAGAGUAAAUCUAUCCAUAUCGCUACAUAAUCAUCCCAGUGGCAUUCAAUUUUCAUGAGUAACAAAUUGGGACACACUAGCAACAUCGGACGAGCCAUAGUAAUUAUUUACCACUAGAGCAUGACCUGUAAAUUGUCCACUACUGCUUAAGCUUGAAAGUAUUGCGGCAUAUAUUUUUAUUAACGUUUGAAGGUUUGGUAAGCGUUGUUGCCAGGGCGGAAAUUUUUAUAAAUUUGGAAACUUUUAAUACGUCAAAUCUGAACGUGUUUAUUGGAUAUAUAUUAUAUAUAAAUAAAUAUAUAUAUAUAAUUUUAUAUAGAACGAAGUGAGUUACGCGGUGUUCAAGUAUAUAUAAAGUACGCUUCUGCUGCUUUUUCAGUUUCGGAAUUUUAAGCUUAUCUUUAAUUCGCUACCGAUAAUUACAGCUACGGUAAUUAGCGACAGUCCGCGUACUGUACAUAUAGUAUAAUGACACUUUGAUCGAUGUCAUUAUAUUAUAAGAGAAUAAAAAAAUGUAUAUCAUAUCGAUGCAUCAUCACUCGAUACCUUGAGUGCCUUUUUCUGUAUCGGCCUGGAUGCAGGUGACUUUUUACUGAUUUGAUAAAGGAAUUUUUUAUGUAUACGUGUAGACAUAAUGUAGAGAGUAAUCGUGAAUGUAUACUGCCACAUACUGCGUAGACAAUUUUGCGUCCUAGGAUAAUGAAUAAUUUAUGCACAAUUCUCGGCAACACGUUCUAGUGUUAUUCUCUCGUAUGUGUUCUUUGAAAAAUAAUAAUUGGUUUAUGAAUCUAAGAAUGCCUAUUUUUUAUCAGAGGGGAUAUCACCCGGAUCAUAUUUUCCAUGAAAAAUUUAGUAAUCAAUGGUUCGAUGACAUCGUCAAGGCUAACUUGAAAUUCUGUCAUUAGAGGGACAGGGUGCGAGGCCUUGAAAAACUGUUCCGAUAUAAUGUAGCAUGUUUAUUACAAUAAUGUCAUAUAAUAAUCGAAUUGUACCAGUAAACGUUAUUAAAUCUAGGCUGCACCACACACAGUUCUUAAAUAGAGUAAUCGUAGACUAGACCCACUCUGUACAUUAUAUAAUUAAUGGAAAAAACAAUCCACCGGUAUUCCUGUUUAUUGUCUCUAAUCCGUACGUAAUUUUUAAUCGACACUGUUCUCCACUUGAUUUUUUUUCCCAUUUAUAAUGCUUCAGAUAUCGAUAAAAAUGUUUAAAAGUUCACUAAGUCAUAUUAAAGGAAAUUGAACACA